GGACUUACUUCCGGGAAAGACACGGAAGUGCCGGGAGGUGCCGGCAACUGGGUUGGGUUAGGGGUUUUCUGGCCCUGCCUUCGGCUUCGGGCACGUCUCGGAAGCCGGUUUCUGGGCCUGGAAGGGACGGAGCCAGCGCUCUAGCUCGCUCCUCGGUCUGGGAGCCGAUGCCGGCCGCGCCCUGGGGCCCCCGUAGCGGGGCCGGACCAUGAGCCUGCUGGGCGGCCUCGCUUCCUCGCCGCGGGCCGCGCUGCAGUCCAGCAAGGCCAGGAUGAAAAAGCUCCCGAAGAAGAGCCAGAACGAGAAGUACCGGCUCAAGUAUCUGCGGCUGCGGAAGGCGGCCAAAGCCACGGUGUUUGAAAAUGCUGCUAUUUGUGAUGAAAUUGCUCGUCUUGAGGAAAAAUUUCUUAAAGCAAAAGAAGAAAGAAGGUACUUGCUAAAGAAGCUCCUCCAGCUUCAGGCUCUCACUGACGGGGAAGCACAGGCUACAGCUCCUUCCCACAGUUCCGCUUUGCCCCUCACGUAUGGUGUGGCCAGCUCUGUGGGAACUAUACAGGGAGCAGGUCCCAUUUCCGGGCCCAGCACUGGGGGUGAGGAACCAUUUGGGAAGAAAUCUAAGAAGGAGAAAAAAGAAAAAGGCAAAGAGAACAACAAACUGGAAGUUCUGAAGAAAACAUCCAAGAAAAAGAAAAUGGAGGGAGGUGCUCGCAAGCUGGUUCAGCCCAUUGCCCUGGAUCCCUCAGGACGGCCUGUGUUCCCCAUCGGACUGGGGGGUCUAACAGUAUAUAGCCUGGGGGAGAUCAUCACCGACCGACCUGGCUUCCAUGAUGAAAGUGCUAUCUACCCCGUGGGCUACUGCAGUACUCGAGUGUAUGCCAGCAUGAAGUGCCCGGACCAGAAGUGUCUGUACACCUGUCAGAUCAAGGAUGGCGGCCUGCAGCCUCAGUUUGAAAUUGUUCCUGAAGACAACCCCCAGAAUGCCAUUGUCAGCUCUUCUGCAGAUGUCUGUCAUGAGGAACUGCUCAAGACCAUACGUGCUUCUGCGGGAAGGCUGACGCCCAGCCUGCUUCCAUCUGGAGCUGACUUUUUUGGAUUUUCUCAUCCAACCAUCCACAACCUGAUCCAGAGUUGUCCAGGAGCUCGAAAAUGUGUCAAUUACCAGUGGGUGAAAUUUGAUGUGUGCAAACCUGGAGAUGGACAGCUACCCCAAGGACUGCCGGAGAACGAUGCUGCUUUGAGCUUUGAAGCCUUUCAGAGACAGACCUUUGAGGAUCAGAAUGAUCCCAUUCUGCCAGGAUCCUUGGACCUCCCAGAACUUCAGCCUGCAGCCUUCGUGUCUUCUUACCCACCCAUGUUCCUGACACACGAGCCCUUGGUGGAGACCCACCUGCAGCACUUGAAGUCCCCAGUGCAGUGUAGCCCAACUCGGUCUUCAGACUGAAGAGGAAGGGGGCAGGCAAACAUCUUCUUCAUCCUGAUGAAUUUCUUUAACUUAACUUAAACUAAAACUUACAAUAUAUGGAAGAAGGCAGCAAUUCAGGAGUGAAGAAGAUGAUAAAUUACCACAUGUUAUCAUGGAGGUUCCCAUGGUGACAGUUUUCCCUGGGAAAAAACUUCAGCUACUUUAUUUUUAGUAAUAAAUAUCUCUUGACAGUUCUGCUUAUUUUCAUCUUGUAAUCAAGAUACAAUUUCUUUUGCUUAGCUGUGCCUGAGGUAAAUUAACUCGUUUAUAACCACAGGGAGAGGUGUCUGCUGACUCAGGAGGGAGACACAAGAUUCUGACGACCCUCUGCCCUGAUUCUGAUACUAGUUCAGUGAGUAUGAAGCCUCAGUCCCCGCGACCCCUCACGUCAUUAUCGUCAAAAUCCAGUCCUCUGCUUACACCAAACUGGAAAGUACCGUCCUGGGUACUCUGCUCUUCCGCGUUCGGCACACCUUUGAGGCCAUCAGGAAGGCAGUCUCUAGAGUCUCUUCUGUAACCUCUUCCACCUCCUCUGUGAUUCCUUAUUGGAGAAGGGGCUUUUGAGCUUAAUAUAGUGAAGCCACAUAACAACACAGAUUUAUGCACAGUAUGACUGAGGAUUGGUUCCCACCCUCCGUAACCCUGUCAUUUAAUUAACUGCAGUAACAUAACCUUUAGGAGUCUUGGUGC